AUGUUUCUCAUCAACACCAACUCCAUGAAGCUCGAAAGUUUCAUCGACGUGGAACAUUGCCCGGAGUACGUCAUUCUAUCCCAUCGUUGGACCGACGAUGAGCUUACCUUCAAGGACUUCGUCAAAGGGCGAAGAAAGGAUUCUGUUGGUUACUUAAAGGUCCUCGAUUUCUGCAAGCUUGCGCAACGUGAUGGAUUCGAGUGGGCUUGGGUAGACACCUGCUGCAUUGAUAAACGUUCCAGCGCCGAGCUACAGGAGUCGAUCAACAGUAUGUUCCGGUACUACAGACGGGGCAGAUUGUGCUAUGUCCAUCUCGUAGACGUGACGGUCACUCCUGCUGAUGCUACUUUCGAAGAGGAAUUCCAGCAAACUCAGUGGUUCACUCGGGGGURGACAUUACAGGAGCUCCUCGCACCCAGCAAGAUCGAAUUCUAUUCCAAGGAUUGGACGUCGCUGGGCAGAUUUGGUCGGUUCGUCAACUCUACUGGCACAUGGUACCCCACCGCACAGGACUCAUUAUUCAGGAACUUGGUGUCCCGCGCUUCGGGUGUUCCACAAGAGUAUCUUGCUGGUGAGGGCUCGAUAUUCGACUGCAGCGUGGCUUGUCGCAUGAGCUGGGCGGCGAAGCGGGAAACAACCCGGGGCGAAGACGCAGCCUACUGUCUCCUUGGACUCUUCCAGGUCAACAUCCCGCUACUAUAUGGCGAAGGGAAGCAAAGGGCAUUCCUGCGACUCCAGGAAGCGAUCAUGAAAGUUUCCGAUGACCACACCCUAUUGGCAUGGACACUCGACCAUGAUAUUUCGAAUGACAGGCGUUCCUCAUGUCACGGUCUACUUGCAGAUGAACCUGCUCAGUUUUUGGACUCGCGAGACAUUUCCCCAUCUCAACCGCGGCGAUGGGCGGACGCUGGUCCUUUUGAGCUUACCAGCCAUGGGUUGAAGAUCACACUGCCUCUACUGUACUAUGCAGACGAUGUCUAUCUUGCGAGACUAGAUUGCGAGGCCGCUGAGAAUCUCAGUGAGCCUACCAUAAUCCUUCGUAAGAUCUCAAACAGUGAGCCAAUCUUCCAGCGCAUCUUCUGUGGCGGUCUCACCAGUGCUCGGGGCCGUGAUAGUGAUUGGACACUGGGAACAAUAUAUGUCCAACAGUUCCAGAACAUGUAUGAUCAAGUCUGGCGGGCACCAAAGGAAUUCUUCGUCCUUGAUCCUAUAUCGAUUGGCCCUUACCAGCUACAAAUGAGCACAUGUACAAGCUCCAGCGGUAAUGUCAGUAACGUGCGGCGCUCGCAAUUGGCACACUCCGAGAGUGGGUUCCUCUUCAGGGGGCUGUUGGAUUCCAGAUCUGCAACGCUGCACUUGAAGCACUCCACCACCAAGGAGGAGUUGGUGGUCACGCUCUCCGCAAUCUCUCGCUACUUUGUGGGAUUCAACGCACAUCUGUCCGGCACGCCGGCACUGACGGAACCACGACACACAAAAGUGAUGGAUCAAUACAUCGACACCAAGAGUGAUCCGUUUGAAAUGCUGACUGGCGAUUCAUUGACAGCACGUCCGGAGGUCUGUCGACUGGGCUCGGAGAUCAGAGUGCUUUCGCGGCAUGGUAAAAGAUGGUGUCAUCGCGUGAAACUUGGCAUCAAGUCGAUUCAUGAGUACGGUCCGGAUAAAAGAUAUACUCUUCAUCUCGACCUGGUAUACGAGCGCAUCACUGACAAUGGUGGUGUGGGCUGUGACUACGACGUGAUCGCCCCUUCUGGAAUUCAUGCCGAGAUUCUCAGACAGCCUUCUAGUGUGACGUUACUGAGGUCGACGCAUGAGAUUGGAAACAGGGGUGGUGGAGAUGACGAGAGGAGAGGAUUUCGAGUGCAGGACAUGCCAACGUCUCGUUAG